GGAAGGCAGCUCAUGUUAGGAAGUUCCAGCCACGUGAGCAAGCAAGAGCCAGGGAUUCUGGGCAGCCCAAGGCUUUAGGAGAAACCGAAACUGGGUGUUCCGGGGGCGGAGUGGUCACUGGGGAUUUAAAGAGCCACCACUUCCUUGGGCCUCCAGAGGUCACUGGGAGGGGACAGCUGCUGAGGGGACAGACACCCAGGACUGGAUUGAACCUCUCUGUUCUUCCUGCCUAAACCAUGCAACUCUGUGGGAGUGGUGCGCUGCUGACUGGGACAGACCCUGAAGAGUCUCAGAAGCAGCUGAAGAAGCAGCAGAAGAACCGGCUGGCUGCCCAGCGCAGCCGCCAGAAGCACACCGACAAGGCAGAUGCUCUGCACCAGCACGAGUCCCUGGAGAAACACAACCAUGCCCUGCGGAAGGAGAUCCAGGCUUUGAAGGCCGAGCUGGCACAGUGGGGUCAGACACUGCAUAUGCAUGAACGCCUGUGUGGAGUGGACUGUGCUUCCUGUCCUGCUCUGCUGCCCUCUGGAUGCCCAGGCCAGGUCAAGCAACUCUCAGGACAGCCUGCCCCCCAUGGAUGCCAUGGCUGCCAGCAACAGCUGGGCCUGUUCCAGACUCCUGGCUCCUCUCCCCGAGCCCAGCAACUCUCUCCAGGGCCACACUAUCAUGAGUCUCCUGGCCUCCUCCCUUCCCCCGUGCCCUCACUGUCCCUUGACCCUCUCAUGGUGAGGACAUCUAUAGCCCAGCUGUCACCCAGCCCCGUCCUGUCUGCAUCGACCUCUGGCUCCAGCGUGUUAGAGUCUUUCUCUAGGCUCGAUUCCCUACCGCCCAGCCCCGCAGACCAGCUGGUCCCUCCGCAGCCCCUUAGGCUGGAGCAGCCCACCAGCACAAGGCUCGAACCCUCCAACUCUCCAGUUGCUCUGGGAUCAGAGUGUCAACAGAACAGUGAGCGCUUGCCUGCGCUGUCUGACUCCUCAGCACACUGGCAGAAGCUGCCUGCGGCCUCUAGCCCGCAUGUUCUCACGGCCUUUCCACUGCUGUCUUCUGCAAAGGUCCGCUUCUAGA